AUGAGUUAUAACUUGGAGCGUGUUCACGGAUUGAAUCCGACAAAUUGGUACCAACCUGAGGUAUUAGCAAAACUUAAUUAAUUGUUUUGAUUACAAAUUUGAUUGUUUUUAGAACGAACUAACGGAUUUGGCGCGGCAACUGUUUUUCAAAUCAAAUCCUGAUGAAACAACACAACAUUUUCUCGACAAAUCAGCGGAAUUAUCUGAUAAUUAUUUCUGGCAAACAAUAAGAAAUUUGGGAGUUAUGUUUCUCUCUUCAAUAUAUUCGAAAACAGAUAUCAAUGGAAUUACUGGAUUUGGAAAUAUGUUUUUGUUCAGUGAAAAUCAAAUGGCUAAAUUGUUAGAUAUUGACAGAUCAAAUUGGAGCCCGGUUGGCAAAAAAGUAUUGGAUUUGGGAGCUGGAAAUGGUGAUAUUACGAGACAUUUGGAAGCGUUUUAUAGUGAUAUUUAUGCAACUGAAUUAUCAUCAGUGAGUGUUUUUUGUCAUAAGAAGCAAGGUAGAGAUAACUGAUUAAAAAAUAUAUGUUGAUACAAAUUUUGAACAAAACUUGAAAUUGAUAAAUUUCUAAAAAAAAUUAUGUUUUCAGAGAAUGCGGAAGAGACUAUCUUCAAAGGGCUAUAAAGUUCUCGACGCUUUGACUUGGGAUCAAACAGAUAUUCAAUUUGAUCUUAUCACCGCAUUCAAUCUUCUCGAUCGCCAUUAUUCUCCACAAAAACUUCUCAACGAUUUAUGGAGAGUAUCAAGCCGCUCAAAAUGCCGUGUUAUCAUUUCACUUGUUCUUCCAGUCAAUCAUUAUGUCGAAUUCAAUCCAAAUGGCAAAAGUACUCGACCGGAUCAAUUUUUGAAAGUUCAAGGAAAAACAUAUGCUGAUCAUGUUCAUUAUAUGAUAACAAAUGAAUUUGAACCCGCCAAAUUCCGAGUUGUAAAAUGGACAAGAUUACCAUAUUUAUGCGAAGGAGAUAUGAAUCAUGUGAGUUACAAUUCGAUUUUGUAAUGAAAAAUAAUUUUUCAUUGUUUUAUUUUUAGUCUGCUUAUUAUCUUCCUGAUGCAAUGUUCCUCCUUGAGCCAAUCAUUGCUAAUGAAGAAACAAAUACCACAUCAUCUACUCAAAAUACUUUGCCAACAGAAGACAUCAACAAGACGGAAUUAUAA